AUUUGGGUUUUUUUCUGGUUCGAAAUGAAGUGUAGAAUUAUUUUUUCUAGGUUUGUGAAAAGUGAUGUUGAUAUUUCGAUAGGGAUUGCAUUGAAUCUGUAAAUUUCUUUGGGUAGUAUGGACAUUAUAUUCCUGCUUUAUAUUCUCGAUUGUACUGUAAACUUUUUCAAGGCAGAAGGGUAUUAUAUUCUCUUUUGGAUACCUAUAAGUAUGUAUAACGUAGAUGAAGGCACACAGUUUGUUCAGUGACAUAACACAACACUUACAUUAAAAAAUUUAGAUGAUAUUCUAUAUCAAAAUGUACUAUGUUGUUUAGAAUAGUUUUCCCCCUGUGCUGAUAAACUCACUUUUAACAAUUAUUUUAGCCAUAAGAUUGUACAAAUUCAGGCUUCUGAUAACAUUGAAAAUGUUAAGAGGCAUAAUCUAGGUUCCUAAAAUAAAAUUCAGUCUUCCCUUAGUUUUUGGUCUAUAUCUAGCCUUUUGGAUAUAACAUCUUUCACUGCUAAGGUACCAAUAUAGCUAUUAAAGAUUUGGAGAAAAAUCAAUACUUAGAAAAUAGAAAUACUAAAAGCUGAAGAUGCCAAUCAAUUUCGUGUGUGAAGUUUUGAGGUUUGUCUAUCUGCAGUCAGGAUACUCACUCUGUCUUCCAGGAAUCUUGGAAUGGGAGUUUGUUUUGACAGCUAUUUGAUUCCAAGCUUUAUUUUAGAGCUAAUUUUGUUAAUAGCAAAAUUUCAGUCACUACAGAUGCUCCUGUAUCAUUGCCUGCAAUUUAUACACCAGGAAGUGAUAAAAUUAUUGAUUUUCUGAAAUGAUCACUGUGUGUUUUCUAGUUUUUUUAUUUAGACACAGUGUUUGCAUGUAUUUAUCUUUCAAAAUGUUCUCUGUGAGUGUGACCAGCUGAUCAUUGAGAUUGGCAGAUGCUUGGGCCCUUCAAUCAGCUUCCCUUGCUGCACAAUCUGGCUUCUCUCUUCCUUUCACAGAAUAUAUAAUUGGAAUGCAUGCAUGAAAAGAAAAGAGGGCAAACACACAUAGGUGGUAAUUUUUUACUUUUACUGAUUACAUUUCAGCAGUCACUGUGACCUCUCAUGAAGUUCCAGAUCUAAAAAUUGUUGGAACAUAAAUCUAUUCUUUGGAGCUGACAAAAUUCUUCAAUUCAGGAAAGAUUCUGCUUUACCUCUUUUUAGAAUUCAUUUUUUUUUUUUUUCUGUGUGAAUGUGUGUGUGUGUUGUUUUAGUAAGAGGCUCCUUCCCACCUCAGUCAUUGGUUUGCUCACUCCCUUAUGUGAUGAAUCAAUGCUUUCAGAACAGGGGCUUCUGAGUGACUGCGGGAACAAUUACUUCCAAAUGAACUCGUGCAUCUUAGCAGGGAGCAUUCAGACCAUACCCCAGGUCUCUUCUGGUGAUUGUGAAGCGAAACCUUUGAGCUUCACAUUUGUGCCCACUGUCAGAAGACUACCAACUCAUACUCAGUUGGCUGACACCUCUAAAUUCCUUGUUAAAAUUCCAGAAGAACCAAGUGCUAAGAAUCCAGAAACUGUAAAUAAGUCUAAUUCUGAUGACUACUUGACCUUGAAUGCUGGGAGCCAACAAGAGAGAGACCAAGGGACAUUGACUUACCCUUCAGGGGUCAGUGGAACGAUUUCACAACAAAGGGAAUUGAAAGCAAACGAACUUCAAGGAAUGCAGCAAGGUGACAUCUUCAAAGCUGAAUAUGUCUUUAUUGUGGACUCUGAAGGAGAAGAUGAAGCUACAAGCAGAAAAGGUGAACAAGGCCCCACAGUGGGGACAGGUGCCACUGCUGCUAGGCCCACGUCUCUAGCAAUCUCUUCCAGUCUGGUCUCUGACGCAGUGCGUCCCAAAACACGGGGGACUGAACUCAAGGCCUCGUCACAACCUGAAAUGCCUCGUGGGAUGGCCCCGCAGCAAAAGCAUGGGCAGUUAACUUCUUCUCCCACUACCUCUGAGCAGCUUGCCUGUAAACCACAUGCUUUCUCCUUUGUUUCUCCAACUAAUCCGAGCGCACCACUCGACCCAGCUAACCUCGACGGGGCCUCUGUCCUAGAGGAGUUCCACACGAGGAGGCUGCACGCCAGUGGGGCGGUGGUGGAAGAAUCAGCUACGUAUUUUCAAACUACCGCCCACUCUGCACCCUUCUCUGCACCGGAGGGCGCCUCCUCGACGUUACCGUUUCCCCAUUCCGCUCAGCUACCAGGUUCUCAUCUGUUCAGUCCGAGCGCAGCCCAUCGGAAACCUGCACUGACACCCGAAGCUCUGCAGAAGACAGCUGUCGCCUCGCCUGUCCUUAGUCGCGGAGAAAGCCCGAGAACCUCUCCUCCUCCGCCGUCCACCUGUGCACCCCCGAGGUCGAGUCCGGCCUUGUACAUACCGGUCCGCAUUGUCACGCACUCCCUGUCUCCGAGUCCGAAGCCGUUCACCUGCUCUUUCCACGGCUCCUCUUCCACCGUCUGUAGCCAAAUGUCAUCGAGCGGAAAUCUUUCCAAGUCAGGGGUAAAAUCCCCAGUGCCCUCUCGGCUCUCCCUCCUCACGGCCAUUCUCAAGUCAAAGCCCUCUCACCAGAGACCCUUUUCCCCCGCGUCCUGUCCCACCUUCUCUCUCAACUCCCUGGCCUCGUCCACGCUCACACUCGAUCAAAAGCCAAAGCAAACCCCACCGCCCACGCCUAAAAAGUCUCUCUCAAGCUCCUCCCUGAGAGCCGGGUCCCCAGAUCUAGGGGACCACCAGGAUGCUGAGCUGACUCGGCAAUCCUUUCACGUACCUUUACCUGCCCAGUCUGCUCCCAUUUCUCAGGUGCCCUCCCGCUCCCCUGCAAAACGUGUGGGUAGCAGUCUGGUUUCUUUGAAUGUAGAGAAAACGCCACCCCCCACUUGGAAGAGCAAAACCAUGCUCUCCCUGCUGCAAACCGACAUGUCAAGUUCAAGUUCGACAGGUCUUCCUCCUGUCCCACCGAGCUCUUCUCCUCUCUCUUCUUGGAGGGGCAAACAGGAUGGUGACCUCAGGGGUCCAGAAAAGCCUAGAAAUAUUUAUACACACCUCUCCUUCUUAACCUCCCCUGCAUUACCUUCUUUAUCUCCUCCUAGUAAUCAAAGAGCCACGCUCUCCCCUGCAGAGAAAUGUUUCCACCAUCCUUCCCCAGCUCUUUCGAACCUGAUAAACAGGUCCCAAAGAGCCUCAUCCCAACUGUCUGGCCAGCAGCUGGAUCCUCCAGCUCUUCCUUCACUCCCUCUCUCCAGCGCUCGCUCUGCCUCUCUUGCCGACGUGGGGGCCUCCUCUGUCCCUUGUGCUAACCUGCCCGGCCAGGCGCUCCAGCUCAGCCCCCCAGCCCCGCACCCACGUUGUGGCAGUGGCACCUUGCCUUCAAGACUUGGGAGAUCUGAAAGCACCAUAUCCGACCACAGGUCGCCUGUGUCAACCCCAUCACUUCCCAUAUCUCUAACAAGAACUGAGGAGCUGAUUUCACCUUGUGCAUUGUCCAUGUCAACAGGCCCUGAAAAUAAGAAACCCAAGCAAUACAAGACCAAGUCAAGCUACAAGGCUUUUGCAGCAAUCCCUACAAACACAUUGCUUUUGGAACAGAAGGCAUUAGAUGAACCAGCCAAGACUGAGAGUGUCUCCAAGGACAACCUGUUAGAUCUACCUGUGGAGUUGUGUUUCCCUGCACAGCUCAGGCAGCAAACUGAAGAGCUCUGUGCUACCAUUGAUAAGGUCUUACAGGAUUCCUUGUCUAUGUAUUCCUCUGAUUCUCCUUCAAGGUCCCCACAGACAUUGUUGGGUUCUGACACAAUCAAAACUCCUACAACUCUUCCAAGAGCAGCUGGUCGAGAAACCAAAUAUGCAAACCUCUCCUCACCAUCUUCUACAGUAUCUGAGAGUCAACUGACCAAGCCUGGGAACAGAGUCCAAGAAAAGAAGGUAGAAAAUCUGAUAGAGUAGAAGAAAUAGGGCAAAAAUCAUUGUCUCAUUGUCAGACAGCCAUCAAAUCUAGGAAACUCUUAGUAACUAAGGAGAAUAAGAGUGGUAGAGAAACAAAUAUGAAGCAUCAGGCUGAUUCUAACACUGAAUGUAUUUGAUAGCCAGCCAAUCAGAAGAGUCUUUUUUCUGUCUCACCCUGGAGGGGGGUGAUCACAAGACUGAAGAUCUGGUGAGAGGCCAGAAUAGCCCCAAAUAUAUGCCUACUGGAAAUAAAGGGACCAGGUAGUCAUGUUUCUCUGCCAGGGAGAUUCUCUUAACAUACCAAGUGCUCCUGGUCAGAUUUCUUCUCUCUGCCUUUUUCUUUAUGCAUACUGACACCAAGUUUAGCCCCUAUAGUUCUAGGUUGGAUUUAGAGCCUUGCAGGCCCUGAGUACUGGAGUUAUAUUGAUUUCCUGCCUCAUAAGGAAGUAGAAGAGAAGGAGAAGCAGUAGGAGCAUAAGAAAGAAGAAAUGAAGUAGGAAGUCAACUGAAAAAGAGAGAGAGUAAUCUGGACAACUUAGGACCGUGGCUCAGAUGUCAGGCACCUCCCUUAUUACAGUGGCUGUAGAAAACAGUAACUGCUUUGGCUUUGUUCCUGUGCUACACUUACUGGAGGAAUAUUGCUCUCAUCUGUAUACUCAACGGCAUGAUUUCAUGCAUAAUUGGAUGUUACUUGCUCAUUUUUUCCCCUCGAGAGAAAUCAAAGUUUCUUAAGUGGGAAAUAUUUCUCAGCCUGGGGAAAAUAGAGACUUUUCUCAAUCUGUAUUUCCCCAGUUGUCAUAGACAUGAAAGACAACUGGGAAAAUAUCUAUUGAAAAAACUAUCGCAAGGCAACAUUUAUUCAAGGCUCAAAAUAUAUCAGGUGCUUUAUAGAGCAGAGAGAUAGAUGUAGUCCCUUAAGGCUUAACUUGCGAGCACAGCAUUGAGGGAGGAAAGCUAAUUUACUGUUUUCUGAAAGGAAGUGGAGUUGAGAAGAAUAAUUGCAGCAAAAUGCUUAAACAGAGUGUCACAACUUUUUAUUGAAUUCUAGUUUGGGAUGUUUUUGCAGACUUAUCAAUCAUUUUGUGACAUUUUACAGUGUAACAAGAUUUUGGUGUUUGUGAAACAUCAUUUUGAAAUUGCCCCAAACUAGAGCAUGCACUCUCUCUCUUUUUUUUUUUUUGUCAAGUCGAUAUUGAGUAUAAGUUUUAGAAUCGUGAAUGAGUGAUAUAUUUGCUAAAACUCUUGAUUGCAAGUUACAGAAGUAAACUUGAGUUAAAGAAACAGGAAUCUGGUGUAAAAGAAGAGGUAAGUCUUAGGGAACUUCAGGGAACUCCACCUAGGCCCCAGGAAUGUUUUGGGACCUAAUUCUGAAAAACUCUCAGGUGUCUCUUUUCUCUGGGCUACCUUUCCACACAUUUUGCUCUAUUCUUCUCGAUCUCAGGAGAUUUGAUUUUUUGGUCAAAUGAAGGCUUUCCCACAGCUUCCAUAUUGACAUACAAUAAUUUCAGUCUCCCAAAGUAAUUGGAGAGCAGUUAAAUUCCUAUUUCACCUUCUUGGGAGAGAAAAUCUAUUUGCUACCCACUCCUUACCCCUUUAGGUCAGAAAGCCAUCCUGGUCUCAUUGUACAUAAUAUGAAUAUGGCUUCUGGGAGCCCAAGUCUGUGGAUAUAGGGGCAUAGCUGUUUCCAGAAAAAGAAGGUUGUUGUGGGUUUGGUGGAUGUGCCUAAGUCAUCUAUUCUACCAUGCCCAGAAUGCUACCUGGCACAGGGGCUAUUCUCAGUAAGUAUUUAUUAAAUGAAAUAUUUGUUGACUGAAUGAACAUGUUUGCAUAGAUAAGAUAUUUUUGCAUUUUAAAUGUUACAAUAGUAGAUCUUUAUGAAUUGAUUGCUGUAAUAGUUAACUUCAAACUAAAGUGAUGUUAGUUAAAAAUCAUUUGCUUUCUGGGCUGUUUUUAUGCAUUUGUAAAAUCAUUAUAAAAUUUUAAAAAUUUAUACAUUUUUGUGGGAACAAUAUUUGGAUGAAUUAAUACACAUAGCUAUUCAUUUUAAUAGUGUUUAUUUCCCUGUUUCUCUAAAACUUAUUUGA